AAGUCCGCGGGAUAAAGCGGCAACAUUUCUCUCCGCUGCAUCUGCUGCGUCCCGUGUGUCCGCCGCACAUCCGCUAGCACCGACCUACCGACAUGGCCGACAACCGGGAGAAGACCACCGACCAGAUGAAGAUCUGGAAGGACGACAGAGCCUCACAGAAACCAGAUGUGCUGACCACGGGGGCCGGCCACCCCAUUGGGGACAAGCUGAACCUGCAGACUGCAGGACCCAGAGGACCCCUGCUGGUCCAGGAUGUGGUCUUCACUGAUGAGAUGGCCCACUUCGACCGGGAGCGCAUCCCCGAGAGGGUGGUGCACGCUAAAGGAGCGGGAGCGUUCGGCUACUUCGAGGUGACUCAUGAUAUCUCUCGCUACUCCAAGGCCAAGGUGUUCGAACACGUCGGAAAAACCACACCGAUCGCUAUCCGCUUCUCCACAGUGGCCGGUGAGUCUGGGUCCGCAGACACCGUCCGGGAUCCCCGAGGCUUCGCGGUGAAGUUCUACACCGAUGAGGGGAACUGGGAUUUGACGGGCAACAACACCCCCAUUUUCUUCAUCAAGGACGCUCUCCUGUUUCCAUCCUUCAUCCAUUCCCAGAAGCGUAAUCCACAGACCCACAUGAAAGACCCGGACAUGGUGUGGGACUUCUGGAGUCUGAGGCCGGAGAGUCUGCAUCAGGUGACUUUCCUGUUCAGUGACCGUGGCAUUCCCGACGGCCACCGUCACAUGAACGGCUACGGCUCCCACACCUUCAAACUGGUCAACGCCCGCGGCGAGCGAUUCUACUGCAAGUUCCACUUCAAGACUGAUCAGGGAAUAAAGAACCUGUCCGUCGAGGAGGCCGACCGCCUGGCAGCCAGCAACCCGGAUUACGCCAUCGGCGACUUGUACAACGCCAUCGCCAACGGCAACUUCCCGUCCUGGACCUUCUACAUCCAGGUCAUGACCUUCGAGCAGGCCGAGAAGUUCCCGUUCAACCCGUUCGAUCUGACUAAGGUGUGGUCGCAUAAGGACUACCCUCUGAUCCCUGUGGGGAGAAUCGUCCUCAACAGGAACCCCGUCAACUACUUUGCGGAGGUGGAGCAGCUGGCGUUUGAUCCCAGCAACAUGCCCCCGGGCAUCGAGCCCAGCCCCGACAAGAUGCUGCAGGGUCGCCUCUUCUCCUACCCAGACACACACCGCCACCGCCUGGGGGCGAACUACCUGCACAUCCCCGUCAACUGCCCCUUCAGGACCCGCGUGUCAAACUACCAGCGCGACGGGCCCAUGUGCAUGUUUGACAACCAGGGUGGCGCUCCAAACUACUACCCCAACAGCUUCAGCGCCCCGGAGACCCAGCCUCAGUUCAUGGAGUCCAAGUUCCACGUGUCUCCAGAUGUGGCCCGGUACAACACUGACGACGAAGACAACGUCACACAGGUGCGAGCGUUCUACAAUCAAGUGCUGAAUGAGGAGGAGCGUGAGCGGCUGUGUCAGAACCUGGCCGGAGCGCUGAAGGGAGCCCAGCUCUUCAUCCAGAGGCGCAUGGUGGAGAACUUGAAGGCCGUUGAUCAAGACUACGGGAGCAGGGUCCAGACCCUCCUCAACAAGUACAACGCAGAGGCCCAGAAGAACAAACCGCCACGCGUCUACAGCCGUCCCGGAGCUUCAGCCAUCGCUGCGUCCUCCAAGAUGUGAACUCUGACCCCGUCCGCCCGUCAUCUGACAGCACGUGCACUAACGCCAUUACGAACCACGAUCGCCCACUGUGCCAGUUCUGAUCAAAAAGAAGACUUCUGAAGUGUGAAUGUGGUGGUUUGGUCGAUUCUGUUUUUUCUAAUCCAGUCAUUCCAGGAGGUGAAUUAUUCAGUUACUCAAGAGACUUAAUCUGUGGAAAAUUCAUUGGAAUUUCACUUCAGAGUUGAACAAUGAUGUUUAAAAAAAAAAAAAAAAAAUCAGUGUAUCUUCCAAGUCCAGUGGUCAAAUGAUUUUUGUUACUUUCAGUGAAUUAUCUGCAGCUAUGGAAUGUUUUUGAGCUCAGACUUCAAGAUGGUGAAACCGUUUGUUCAGCGGUGGUCAGACAGCCUGCCUUCCUUCUGCUUUACUGAUCCACAGUCAACAUGAAACGGCUAAAUCCCUCGUUUAAUGGUCUGAAAAAGCAGCUUGAUUUUUGUUUUCUCUCAUUUCCUUGUUGAUGCCUGGUUGUUUUGUCCAUUCGUGAUUUCAUGAUCAAAAUGUGACGAUGACUGAAGCUUGGCACUUUUUUUUUUCUUUUUUUUUUUUUUUAACUGUCUUUAAGCUAUGAUUCAGCAUCGUUUCUGCUCAUACAUGCUGUUUGCAGACAUGGCUCAUUCACGCAAUGAAAGUCCAACAUAACAUGCCUGUUGUAAAAGAGAGCACAGGCGUCCUCACUGGAAUACAAUGUCUCAUGUUUGCUGUUGUUGAACAAUCUCUAACAUGUUGACCUGAAUGUAAUUGAUUUCUUUUUUUGUGUUCUGUUCCAGAUGAUGUGUACACUUAGUGCCUGAAUGGAUUUAUAAUAAAAACUUAACAGCUUU